AUGUCGAAGCAGGCCGCGGAGGCGCUCAAGGCAGAGCUCCACGAGAAGCGAUAUAUUACGAAGCGACGCAUGCUUGGCAACAUCCAGUUCAUCGGGGAGCUGUACAAGAAGAGCAUGCUGAAGGAGAACGUGAUGAAGACGUGCGUGGAGCAGCUGCUCAACGCCAAGAAGGAGGUCGCCACGGACAGGACGCUCAAGGCCCUCAAGUUCAAGAACAUGGACGUGGACGAAGACAACCUAGAGGCUCUGGGCAAGCUGAUCCGAACGAUCGGGUCGACGCUGGACACGAGCAAGAACACCUUGUACAUGAAGGAGAUCUUCCGCCUCAUGGACAAGAUCGCCAACAACAAGUCCAUCAACUCCCGCAUGAGGUUCAUGAUCAGGGAUCUGGAAGAGCUGCGGAAGCACAACUGGGUACCAAGGCGCAAGCAGGACAAGGCUAAGACCCUGGACGACAUCCGUAAGGAGGCGGAGGCGGAGGCCAGGGGCGGGGGACCCCCGGGGCCGAAGAGAGAAGGGCUUCUCCCAUCACGGCUAGCUUCACAAGCAUUGUGUUGUCUUUGUUUCCGUUGCGUGCCCCCCUUGAUAAGCCAUCACCAUCCCUUGUUACGACCUUUUUUUGUGUUCACUUUGGUUCGCCUUUGGGGGCUCCGUGUUAUCGAAACAGGAGGGGGGGCUCCUCGCGCGGCGGAGGCUCCAAUGACUUUAGGGGCGGGCAGGGGGGACCGCAAGACGUUAGAGCAACGAGAAGGGCGGAGCAGAGAGGGGGCGGCGGCAGCGGCCCGAUUGACGGAGGGGCGGCUCCGACCGACGACACCAGGACUCAAGGUGGAGGAGCCUAGCGAGAAGCUGGUGAACAAGAUCAACGGGUUCGUGAAUGAGUUCGUCUCUGAGAAGGACAAGGACGAGGCGCUCCUGUCUUUCGAUGAACUCCCGGCGGGACCCAUCCCAGAGACGGUCUCUAAGAUCAUCAUCGAGAAGGUGCUCGAAGGCAAGCCGGCCGAGAGACCGGCGAGGCUCGACCUGCUACGCUUAUUGGCGAGCAAGCAGAAGCUCCCGCAGGACGCGCUCGAGCGCACGCUGGACCCGAUGAUCGAGUUCAUCACCGACAUCGCCGUCGACUCCCCCAACGCCGACAACCAGAAGUUCUCGCUUCCAGAGCUCUUCCCGCAGAAGGCCGACGCGGUCAAGUACCUCGAGGCCGAGCAGCUGUGGGCUGUUCACCCCGGCCUUUGGGUGACGAGCAUCCUCGAGCCUAAGCUUGCGCAACGGCAGGACGGACCGAGCUUCCUGUCUUGGUUGCAGGGAACGGCGCCGGCCGACGUCCGGAAGCAGGCGGUGUUCGCGGACCAGCUGGCCAAGAGCAUGCUGACGGCAGACGGGGGCACGGCUCCGUCGGCUACGACGCUGCAGGCGCUGGAGUGGGUGUGCAAGGAGAGCUCCAACUCGCAGUCCGCCUGCCUCUGGGGGGUGUACCGUUUCUUCAUGGACGCGCCUAAGAACGUGAAUCAGGUCCCUAGCCAGCAGACCGAGGACGCCUUAGCGCGCACUUUCGACAAGUUGCUGGAGAAGCACAUCGCCGACAAGGCGGCGCUGCAGGCGUGGUACAAGCAGUUCCAGACCAAGAAGGAGGACAGCAGCGCCACCGGGGUGGCCAGGAGGCCGCACCCCGUGAUGGAGGCGUUCUUCAAGAAGUCCCUGUUAUUCCGGCACAAGAUGGGCUUUGGGGGGGGGGGGGAGCGGCGGGAAGACCGGCUGGGGAGGGGGUUGACCAGCAUAUCAAACGCCCGGUCGUGGUUCUUCGUUCUCCAGAGUGAAAAGACACCGAGGUAGGGUCUCGGGGCAUGUUUUUCUUGUUAUGGUGUCUUUGAUGGUUCUCUCCUUUUCCUCUCUGGUUGUUUCUGUUCGAAUGGAGUUCGGUUACUCUGGGUGAGGAGUUGGGCCAAGGUCGUUUCGAUCACGGAGGGAGUGCGCGCGAUGAUGAUGCGUGACUGGCUCCCUAUAUAACCUAUAUGAGAGGUCUACGGUUCAACCGUAUCAUGAUCAACCAUCCGUUUUGUCUCUUGGGGCAUCACUGAUGAGUUGGCCUUGCGUAGUGUCGCUGGCGGUGUGCUCGGCAGCUGCACUUGUGAUCCAUGAGAUUGGCCACCCAUGGAAGGCAAGGGAUAGACCCGUUUGAGCACCCAUGAACAUGCGGCGGUCGCUACUUUACCUCUUACCGUUCCCCGCAAGUGCCAGCGUCGAAUAGAGGCUGGAAAGAGGAGGGGGGAGCGGGGUGGGCCCCGAACUGGGUCACGUAGUACGUGUUACUUCGGUGGUGUUAUCUCUUGUGUUUUUUGGCAUGUAGUGUUCCCCCAAUCGCGCUGUUUUUUUGGUGUUCUGGCAACGAGUGAUGCAUGAGAUGGAUGACUCAAGCAACUUGUGUGCAGGCGGAUCAGGCCCAUGGUUCGCUGUGUGUGCUGCUUUUUUUUGUCGGGUUUCCGGUGGGGCUGGGAAUUUUAAGAUACACGGGUGGGGUGAAGUUUCUCAGGCAUGCAUCUCCACGAUUCUUUCAAUGUAACCUUGAACCAGUAAACGCCUUCUUUCGUCUUGCGUGUUGCAGCCAACGACAUCAUCCGA